AGUUUCUUCUGAAACUUGACAUAUUUUAUUUGGCCACCAUGGAGCCUCUGGGAAUGACCACUAUUUUCUUAAUGACUUGUGUCUCAUGCCUUCUCCUUUCUGCGUGGAAAGGUAAAUCCAAAUCAGAGAAGCAGCCUCCUGGUCCUUUAGCACUCCCCCUAAUUGGAAGCGUGCUCCAUCUGAAUCCACGAAACUUGCCUCAAAGCCUGGAGAAGCUCAGCCAGAAAUACGGUCCUGUCUUCAAAAUACGUUUAGGCCCCAGGGAGAUUGUGGUUCUUUAUGGCUAUGAUGUUGUGAAGGAAGCUCUGAUUGACCAGGCAGAUGAUUUCAGCGGAAGAGGCAUUCUACCACUGUUUGAGAAAUUCUUCAAAGGCACAGGCAUCGUGAACAGCAGCGGGGAGGCCUGGAAGCAACUCCGACGCUUUACCCUCAGUACCCUGCGUGAUUUUGGGAUGGGGAAGAAGGGCAUUGAGCAGCAGAUCCAAGAGGAAGCUCAUUUUCUGGUGGAGAGGCUCAGGAACACACAUGAACGUCCCUUUGAUCCCAGCAACUACCUAAUACACGCUGUUUCGAACAUCAUCUGCUCCAUCAUCUUUGGGAAUCGGUUUGAUUAUGAGGACAAAAAAUUUCUGACUUUACUUGACUUGCUGGAUGAAAACAACCGUAUCCAGAACUCUGUAUCUACAAUGUUAUACAAUUUCUUCCCAAGUGUCCUGGAACGCUUACCUGGGGCUCAUCACAGAAUGGAGAAAAAUAUUGAUGGAGUGAAUGAUUUUAUUUCUGAAAUUUUAAAAGCCCACCAGGAAACUCUGGAUCCCAGCUGUCCUCGAGAUUUCAUCGAUGCUUUUGUUAUCAAAAUGGAACAGGAGAAAGGAAACAGUCAUUCAUAUUUUAAUGCUGAGACCUUGUGCAGAACCACACUUGACUUGUUCCUUGCUGGAACAGGGACAACCAGCAACACACUGAGAUAUGGACUUCUGAUUCUCAUGAAAUAUCCCGAGGUAGAAGAGAAAAUUCACAAGGAGAUUGACCAUGUGAUCGGCCGAGACCGAAGUCCCUGCAUGGCAGAUCGGAGCCGGAUGCCGUACACAGAUGCUGUGGUCCACGAAAUCCAGAGAUUCAUUGAUUUCCUUCCACUUAACGUCCCACAUGCCGUGACCAAAGACACCAAGUUCAGAAACUAUUUCAUCCCCAAGGACACUAUGGUACUUCCUAUGCUUACGUCUGUCCUAUAUGACAGCAAGGAAUUUCCAAAYCCAGAAAAAUUUGACCCAGGACACUUCUUAAACGCAAAUGGUACUUUUAAAAAGAGUGACUACUUCCUGCCAUUUUCUACAGGAAAACGUGUCUGUGCAGGAGAAGGUCUGGCGCGCAUGGAGAUAUUCAUCUUUUUAACUGCCAUCCUGCAGAAUUUUACUUUGAAGCCUGCUAAAGAUCGCAAGGACGUUGACAUUUCUCCAAUAAUCACUGUUUUUGCAAACACGCCCAAACCUUAUGAGGUUUCUUUUCUUCCUCGUUAGCCAAGUAAAUACAGUGGCAAUUCCCUAAGCUCCUGAAAGCUCUGAUCAAGUGACAAUCAUUUUCUAACCUGGAAAUACCAAAACAUUAAGACCAUCUGCUAGUAUGACAUUUCUCUUGAUAAAGAAUCUAUAAAGAAGAAAAUGUUUGUAUGCAUUCAGCUCUAAGGCAAACAGGUAGUCGCACAGGGGAGGAAACAGCUCCUUAUGGCAAAGCCAUACAGGCUCUUCCUAUCUGAUUUCUGACACAGCUUACAACUGGACUUGAUCUUGAAGGUCUUUUCCAACCCUCAUGAUUCUAUGAUUCUAUCUCAGUUAGUGCUCUCAGAGCCCUGCUAUUACUGUCUGUAGCACCUGAUUUCUCAGCACAGCAGGAACAAACAGUUGUACUACAGAGUCUUCCCAGGGCCCAGCUUGAGGUACAUGUCUCUGCUCUGUAGUUUCUUUUUGUAGGUACACAUUUCUUUGUGACCUAUUUGUAACAGCA